GCAUGUACGGGUGGAUGCCGGUACCAAACACGGCUGCGCUAUGCGCCUAUGCCCACCUCCGGUUCCUACGGGAGAUGUGAGCCUAACAUUUCAAUUCAACGCACACUAGCAGCCACUAGGGCAUUCAGCCACAUCAGUCAAGCCACACACGACACCCCGCACCGCCACACGCCGCGCGGCCGCGCGGGGAUCGGGACUUCGUCGCAGUCGCUCCCGGCUCCCGGCUCCCGGCUUCCGGCCGCACCGCGGUACCGCCCCACGCCGUAUGCUGUCGCCCGCAGCACGAGUCCCCGGCCGGCACUCCCCUCCUAGACCCCCCACCGGCGGCGACUCUCCCUCACCAAUCCGGCGUCCACACGUCCUCCUCCUUCAGUCCACUCCAGGGUCACGUAUAUUGGUUUGGUGGACAAUAUGUCAAGCUCUAACCAGAUGUGUUCUGAUGGCAAGUUUGGGAGAGGUCCUCGGGAGCUUAGUGGUGCUGUGGACUUAAUUAGUCGCUACAAGCUGCUGAAUCAUCAUAGUUUCUUUUGCAAGAAACCUUUGCCAUUGGCAAUUUCAGAUACAAAUUAUCUUAACAAUGUUGUGGGCGACACAGAAAUUCGUAAGGGGGAAGGGAUGGAGUUGGACCAACUCUUUCAGAACUCAUAUUCAAGUGAGAAGACUGCUUAUAUUCAGCCAUUUGACAUGGAAACACUGGGACAAGCAUUUCAGCUGCGAGAAACUGCACCAGUAGAUUUGCCUUCUGCUGAAAAAGGUACACCAACCAUAUCUGGGAAAUCUAAGGUCAAGUCCAAGGAUAAAGUAAAGAAGCAUAAGAAACACAAAGAGAAAGAUAGAGACAAGGAGAAGGAGCAGAAGAAACACAAACAUCGGCAUAAAGAUCGGAGUAAAGAUAAAGAUAAAGAUAAGGACAAAGACAAAGAAAAGAAAAAGGACAAGAGUGGGAAUCAUGAUUCAGGAGGUGAUCAUUCGAAGAAACAUGAGAAGAAGAGAAAGCAAGAAGUAACUGGAAGUUCGGCAAAUGUCCAAAAUCACAAGAAAACGCAAAAGCACAAAAAUCAGUGAAAUGUAUGAUGGACUUCGUUAAUUGGCAGCCGUGCAUGUCUCUCUUUUAGUUCAACUCCAUUUAUGUUGUUAAUGAGUGGCUCUAAAGUGUUCCUUUUCCACAUCUCUUCUGGCAAAGAUGCAGUUAUUGCAGAUGGAAAAAUAUUCAAUACUACGCUGCAACAGAGGAAACAAGAUACCUGUAUUGACGGAAUAUGAUUCGUGUACUAUUCCUUGGGGAGCCUGAACUUAUCAUAUGGAGUUGUAAAUUAUUUUGUCAUUUCGACUUAUGUUCACUUCAUCAUUAUUGCCUUGUAUGAUCAUGUAAUUCAGAGACCGCAGAGCCAAAGGUUGGCUGGGGCUUAUGUGUAAGCCUAGGACUAUAUUAUUUAUUAUAUUCAAUAGGGGGCAGCGGAUAAGUUGCCCAUGAUGAUCCAAGAAACAUGUGUUGUAGCUGUAUGAAUACUUCCUAUCAGCCUCGUAUGACAAUCAGUCGAGUUAUACCGGUAGUCAAUUUGAAGACCGUGGCGUCCCAAAGUUGCAGCAGUGGAACUGAAGCUACUCACGUCGCUGCUCUAUUUAUGUAUGGGUAUGGCCUUAAACUAGGUGGGCUUUGGAAAUUUGUUCUACUACUAGUGCUCGUCAACGAUGAACCUAUUUAUUUGUCUACUUCCUAUGUUCUAAA